UCAACAGUACAAACUGGAGAGGAAUCCAGUAGAUCCACAGAAUUAAACAAGUUUCUUGAUUAUGUCCAAGAAAAGUCCAGGCAAAGAUUGACCAGCACACCACUGAAAAAGGAUGAAGAUGACACUGGAGAGAUGGAGACAGUAGCUGAAAAGAUGGAUUCUUUGCCAUUUACAGAUGGGUUCAGUGUCUAUGAUACAAGUUAUGAGGGAGAUCAGGAAAUGUCUAGCAAUGUAAUUGCUGUUGACAAGGAUAAUACAAAUGUCAAGCAACGGUUAGUAUUUGGAUUUAACAAGGAUGAGAUGAAGAAUGCUGACAAUGAACAGAAAAAUGACCAGUCCUGUAAUGAUAGCAAGGAUGAAAAACCAGCAGCUGAAAUUCCUAGCUAUAAACCAGAAGAAAUUGUUGAAGGAGAAGAGGUAGUUAUAGGAGCUUUAGAACACUACUCAUUAGAACUAUACAGGGCCAUCAAAUCCCCUGAAUCCACAGAAUGUAAAGAAAACACUCAGGCACCAGCUUUUCCAAAAGAAGUUCACCCAACAGACAAGAAGAAGAAUGAGAAAGACUUAACAGGAAUUGAAUUUGAUUUAGAACAAUGGGAUAGAUUCCUAGGUAGUACAAUGAAUGAGGAUUUAGUAAGCUCAGAUACAGUUUUCAAGGAAAUUUCAAAUGAUAAAACAAACAUAAAGAGUGACAUAUCAAGUGAUAUAUUAGGAAGCACAUUUGAUAGGAGUGAAAAUGUGAUAGUAAACAAAGCGGAAGAAUAUCCUGGCCUGCCAGAUUUAAGACAGGAUCUCAGUAGUACAUUUGAGCAUAGCACAUGUAAUGAGAUUUCUGACAUUAUGAAGCACAAUGAAAGUGAAAUAUCAAAUGUUGAUUCUCAUCGUCCAGUGGUUGAUACGGACAUAUUUUUUGGUUCAGAUUCAAGCUCAUCUCAUGCUUUGGUACAAAAGCCUUCCUCAGAAUUUCAUGAACCAUUUCACACUGCCAGCCUGGAAUCCUCUUUUAGUGACAGGAACCAGAUUAUGAAGUUUAGUGAUGAAUCUUACCUUACUGCUGAAUCCAGACCAGUUACAAGAGAAUUGUAUACAUCAGCUGAAGUGUCUGAUCUGUACAAAACUGCAACUCUGCUUUCUGAUGACGAGCUAAAGCAAGCUCCUUUCUUAGAUGUAAACUCGAUGAAUCGAAGAGAGUGGAGUUCUUCUGAAGGCAGUAAGACUGAUGAUACCCGUUCUCUUGGCAAUUCCUAUGUUAUUAUUGACACCCCAUCAGAUUCAUAUACCUAUAAGAGGGAAGAUUCAGUUGACUGCACAUUUGAGGUAAUGGACCAUAGUGAGUUAAAUCAAUUAGUAAUGCAAAGUAAAGACAUAAAGGAAACAUUUGGCAGAGAAUGUGAAAUAGCAGAUUCAUCAGCAGUUUCAUCAUGCCAUUUGCCUGAACUUCAGAGCUCUGAUGAGAAAAGUGCUGUCAGAUCAGAUAUUAGUGAUUUAGUUCAUGACUUAAUUGUGGGAAAAGACCAGGCAGUACACAAUGAGAACAAAUUCAAAACAGGACUCCAGAUCACACCUACUGAAGAAAAAGGGUUGGCUGCAAAACCUGCCACCACAAACUUAGAAAACCAUAAAUUAGUAAACCUAAAUGGUGAUGUGCUGAAACUCAAAACAUUUGAUUUAGAUUCUGAAGUGAAUUUGAUUAAAGAAGAGGAUGACCUUUCACCAAGUGCUUACCAGUGUAGGAUAAGAGGUGAUGACUGCUGGUCAUCACAAGAGAGUCAGGAUUCUGCAGUAGAGAAUGAUGAGGCCGAAAAUGGGGACUUCUGGCAGCAGCAGAUGGUUGCCUGGCAAGAGGCAGCAUUUCAGACAAGGCAGCUGCUCCAAGAAGCAGCUGAUGGUAAUAGUACUUUUGAUGGAAAACUCAAAGGUUCACAGGAAGAUCUGGAAGCAAGCCCUCGCAGUGACACGUCUUCCACCAAGAGUCCUUACUCUUCAACUGAUAUGCUAAAUCUUGAUGAUGAGGGAACAUAUGUUUCAUACAACACAACAGAUGAUGAGGAAGUACUGGGAUACAAACCAGAAGACAUAAAUGCUCUCAGGGCUGAGUUGAGCUUGAAGCUAGGUGGUGUGCAGGAAAAGGAGGAAAUGGAGCCUGAAGAACCUGAUGAUGUCCCAACUGGGGAACGUGAUAAUGUUGUUAUCAACUACAGAGGUAUCAUCACCACCACUUUAUCUCCCAUAAAAGAAGAGAGCUUCCUUGAGGACUAUGAUUCACCUGCAAGAAGACUUAGCAAUAAGAACAUCCCAGAAGAUCCUAGUAUUGAGUUCCAUGAAUCAUUUUCAGAAAGUUUAUGUUUGGAUGAUUCCAAAAAAUUAGAUGGCACUUUUGUUAUACAUACAGCUGUCAAUGAACAGACAGUAAAAAAAAUGGAACCUGGAUUAAGUGAGCUAGCUUUCUCUGGAGAUUUUGAGGAUGGUAUUAUAGUAGCUGAAGAUGAAUCGGAAUCCAAAACUCUUAACUCUUUUUCUGAUACUGUUGAUAGAUUACAUAUUAGUAGUUCCCUAGAUGUUUGUAGUCAAGCAAAGGUUGAUAGUUUAACAGAAAAUAUACAUGAUAGUCUGAUAUUAGAAGACCUGGAAGAGGAGUCUGGUCCAUCUUCUAUACAAAUAUACAAUUCAAAAAAUGCUGGUGAUGGUGAAGAUGUUCUGGUGGUUGACACAGAAACGAAUCAGGCGACAAUAGUUGAAGGUGGAAAGCCUAGAAGCCAUCUUGCCUUCAUAAUUGACCAAGUGGAGGAGUCAGAAAUAACAGAUGUUCAGAUUUUUGCGUAUGAAGAUUCUGAUGAUGUUGCUCCAGAGUCUAUUCCAUCUAUUGGGGGUUCAAGAUUUGAUGAGAUGCGGUAUCGUGAGAAAUGUGUAAGAGACGAUCAGUCUACUGAUAAGCCUAUUGAUAAUGUUGAGGAAGGUGGAUUUCAAGGUGACACAGAAUCGAAACCUGAAAUUGCAUUUGUCUUGACAGGAACAUUAGGAUCUGAAGAAAAUCAUGAAGGAAUAAAAGAACCAGAUGAACUUGAGAAUUCUCCUCAGGGAAUUCAGGUUCCUCACUACCAUUCGUAUUUUACAUCUGCACUAAGCAGCAUAUCGCAUCCCAGUGCCAGCAUUGAGGACCCACCCCUUUUUGAACAAGUGGAGCACAUCUCUCUUCCUUAUGAUGUCAAUUACCCAGCUGCUGGUGAAAAUGUAGAUUUCAGUGACAAAGAAGAGGAUGAUCCAACACCUAAUGGAGUCUGUGGAAAGGAAACAAACAGCAACAAAGCCAAAGAGGAAGAAGAGGCAGAAGCACCCAUUAAACUGAGCUUCCUUGGACGCCUCUAUUCAGAUGAAUCAGAAGAGAGCAACGAGAAGAAUAUAAAAUCACACAAAGCAAAAGAAGCAACUCUUCUCUCCGACUCUGAGAGCGAGGAGGAGGCUGAGCAACCAGUAGCACGCCCCAAGACGCCAGAGCCAGGGGACCUCAACCAGAUGACAUCAGCAGAAAUGUUAGCCUCCAAAAAGUAUCAGAUAAGUGACCAAGAAGAAAUUGAAGAACUGAUCGAGGUCGGGAGUUCGUGUGAUGAGGAUUCAGAGGACAAUGAAGAGGGAGACCAUGGAUUUGGCCCAGGAAAGUUCAGCCAGGUGGAGUUUCAUGCGACCCAAGACCCACUGUACACCCCAGACUGGGAGAGUGAUUCAGACAGUGAUGGCGAGAGCUCAUCAACAAGUGGGGAAUUUAUGUGGAGGCAGGAGGAAGAGGAAAAGGAUGGUGAUAAAGAAGAUAUAAUGAAUAAUGAAAAGCCGGGGGAGCCUUGCCAGCAGUCCAAUUACAUGCUCAAUGUCAUCGAAGAGGAAGCAGAAGAGGAUCUCGAGGACGAGGAAGGCAGCUGCUCAGAUGACUCAGAGAGUGGAGAGGAAGAGUUCACGCCCUCCAAGUGGAAUCGAGACCUUCUGCCUUCCAGGUCUCUCCUCAUGAGUCCAGAGAACAGAUCUACCUUGAAGAAGAGUGUGCGAUGGAAGCGGCAACGGCACCACCGUGUGUAUGAAUACCCACCUGAGCCCCGGUCAUGGGAACCAACACCAACUCAGCCACAUCAGCGCCGAUCCUGGGGAAGGUCCUCCCUGGACUACCUCAGCCUAGCAGUUCUGGUUUGGAGGUUUAUUAUGCAGAGGUCCGGUAGCGUGGCGGGGGCUGUCUCGUGCUGGUGCAUUAGUGGGCAAGGGAGCCCAAGAGGCGCGUCGAACGUGAGCGCGCAUGGGGGAGCGCCCCCAAGAGAAGGUCUGGUCAGGGCCGAGAGCCCUGGUCAAAACUUACCUGAGUACACAGAUGACACGGGUGACAUGGAGGAUUAUGUCUAUCGUAAACCCAUUCGACCUGCACCUCCGCCACCAAUAUACAGCCUGGGAUCUGUAUCUUAUGAUGACACUGCAGAUGUUGUGGUUAGUAAAGCGAACGGGGUGUUCAGUGAUCCACAGGAGGCAGGGGAUCCCUCUCUGGGUGAUGAUCCUAACCAGUCAUCCCCAACUAAUGCUGUUCUUGGACAGCUGAGACACACAAGGGAUAAACUUCGUUUAGAAAUCCCCACCAUAUCAUUAGCUAGUGCCUCAGCUGAGGAUACUGUGAUUCCUGUUGAAAAUGGUGAAAAUAGUGUAAAGAGACAUAAUGGUCAGGAUAUAACUACACCAGGAAUCAACCUUGGGAGGCCUGAGCCAGAAGACUUUGAAUGA